CUCUCAUUGGAUAAGAAUUGCAACAGGAGGCGAUGAGGCCGGCCCUGAUUGGGCAGGCUUGCAGCAGCUGGUGCUUCCUUGACCAAUCCCAGAGAAGGCAGCUGUGCGGGGCGUGGCAUUCCUUUUUCUCCUUGCAGGCACAUGUGGGAGUGUUGGAGGGAGGCUUGCAAUCUUGGAUCUGCUUUUCUGUCGCCCGUGUGGUCAGUGCAACUGGGUAGCUGGGGUAGAGAAAACAGCGCAAGCAAGCUAGGAUUCGACUAAGCCGUUGGAUUGGCUCCUGGCAUUUUUUUCAGGAUCUGAAGUUGUGCCCCUUCUUACUUGAUCCACCCUUUGCCCCUCUCUCCUCCUCCUUAACUAUAGCAGCACCCCCUUCUCGUCUGUCAUCACCAUGGCUGAAGAUAAACCCUUGUCCGUCGUGACCUGCACUGCCCCUGUUAACAUCGCGGUGAUAAAAUACUGUGAGUACCUCCUUUCCUCUCCCCCUUUACCUCCCAUUUUUCUAUUGUUUUUGCUGUUGUUGUUGUUGUUGUUGUUGUUGCAAACCUUAGUGGCUGCUCCUCGGAUCUCAAGACUGGCUUUCAAAUCUGUGAACCAGGAGCAUGGGGAGGAAGAAGAGUUAACAGGCCAGAGACGUAGAACCUGUGGCCCUCAGGAUAUUUGCUGGGCUCCCAACUCUCAUCAUUCCUUCACCAUUUACCACUCUGGCUGGGGCUGUUGGCAGUUAAGAGUCCAACAUCAUCUGGAGGGUUCCCAAACACUGUCAUAGAGGAAAGUGUAUGUGUGUGUUCAUUUUAAAGGCUGUAAUCUUCUAUAUGUUUUUGCUCGAGCAAGCUCAACUGAACAUGAACACAGUUAGAUUUUGUUCUGAGUGCUUAUAAGAAGGCACUGUAUAGUGCGAGACCUACAAGAGCCCUUUUUUGCAAAAGAUCCAUGUACAAGAGGAUGAGGUUAAAGGGAGAAGAAAAAGAGACUCCUUCCUUUUUCUUGUGCUUUUGGUGAAGUGUGAGUUUCCCUUCUCCCUUCUUAAAAUAUCCCUAAAAAUGCAAGAGUAUCAGGAAAUGGAACAACAUUUGCUGCAAUGAAAGUUAGCUUUUAAAGGAUUGAUUCUAACACUGACAACUGGGAAACACUGGCCUGCAAGCGCUCCAGUUGGAGAACAGCCUUUACCAAAGGUGUCAUAGGCUUUGAAGACACUCGAACUCAGGACACAAGGGAGAAACGUGCUAAGAGGAAGGCAUGCUUGGCAAAUCCACACCGUGAUUAACUCCCUUCCGGGAACCAAUGUCCCCACUGUGGAAGGAUGUGUAGAUCUAGAAUUGGCCUCCACAGUCACUUACGGACUCAUUGUUAAAACCGUGUUUAUGGAAGACAAUCGUACUUAGCUACGAGUGAUCUCCAAAGAAGAAGCAGCAUGUGCACUCGAAAUGUGAGGGUUUGCUGGUAUUCCAUCAAAAGUAAUUGAGGGUUCUGCAUGAUGUGUCAUAAUUUCCAUUGUACUAAAGAAACUUUAAAUUAAAAGUGGAUCAUCAAGGAAAGAGUGAAUUCUGUAUGCCAAAUACUGACAGUGAAGGCGUUUGGAAAAGCAUCUUAGGCGUUUACUCCUGACUUGUGAAAUUCCAUACCAAGGAAACAAAGAUGAAGUGGAUUAGAGAUAUAAACACAUUUUUUGAAUGUGAAAAGUGAAUUGCAUUUAGAAUAUUGUAAAUAAAACAACUAAUUUUGUAAAUGCCAGUUCUAAAUUUAAAAAAAUGAUUGUCCUUGUCCCUUAGAAGACUGGUGGGUUACUCUAUGCAUACCCAAAAGAACUCAGGAUUUGUUAGUUGGGAAAUCUAGUUCUCUCUCCUCCCGCAGUACUAUAAGUGGACAAAUUAGCAAGUCGAAAGCCAGGAGGACGAGGAAGAUUGCACCAGCAAAUAAGAGGUUUACCUUGCUGUUGUAAUGUAGUUCCAUCUAUUGCCAUGAGAAAGAUCAGGUUGGACUAGUUCUGUCAUCUCCCAAGGUUAAUGAUGCUAUUGAGACACUGACCACCCAGGGAACUGACUGUAGAGAAUGGUGAAGUGCUUCUGAGUUCACUCAUUUUCAAACAAUGUCCUCCUUUACCCAGGGGGGAAGCGUGAUGAAGAGCUGAUCUUGCCUAUUAAUUCUUCCCUCAGCGUCACCCUGCACCAAGAUCAGGUUAGUACCAGAUCGUCACAAAUGUCCCUUUUUGUUUGCGAAACUGAGGGUUACAAGUGAGCGAUUGUUAGUCACUAAACCAUGAUUAACCUUACUGAGGGCGAUACAGUCACACAGAGAGAAAUCAAACUCAAUGUAGAUGCUCUUUAAAUAAUCUGGAUCUACUAGUGGUCUUGGAAGGGAUGUCAUGAUUAUGAAGCCAAACUUGCAAGUUAGGAUUCUGUUUUCUUGAAAGAAGAAUGGUAGCAUCAGGAGGGUGGUAGAAACUAACUCUGUGAUUUGGGGCAAUGUUACCACCAUGUAGAUGCAUAAACCUCUUAAGGUUUAGGAAAAACACAGGUUCCUUCCUUCCCAACAGUGAUGUUGGUAGUUCUUUCUAGCCUGGAAUCUGCAGCUAAAAUUUUAUUUCCCUCUUAACCUGCCUAGGUAUUGGGGUCAUUCAGAGGUUCUUCUCCAAAGAGGUGAACCAUGUGGUGGUCAGAUGAGGGGAUGGGGGAAUUUGAGUCCAAUGCCUUGUGUAUGAAAACUUUCCCCAGAGGAGUCUGCCUGCCUGGUGUGUUUUAUAAAGUUAUUUGAUCAAUGUUUUUACUGCUUUUUAAGAUUGUAAAUAUAGGUGUUGCUCCUCAUCCUGCUGGCUUUAGCAUGUUGUGCCUAGCCUACUAUGCUCAGUGGGGUUUACUGCCAGGUAAACAUGUAUACUUGGGGGCAGUUUCCAUUGGGCAAAGUGGAACCUACUUCUGAGCAAAUGGGCAUAGGACUGCAAGGUAGAGGUCUGCUUAGAUGGCCCCAGGUGGUUGUUCAUUUAUGAUGGGGGUGGCUAACCUGCAGCUCUCCAGUGGCUGUUGGACUCCAGUUCCCAUCAGCCCCAGCCAGCAUGGCUGAUGGCCAAGGGUGGUGAAAACUGGAGUCCAACAGGAGCUGGAGGGCAACAGGUUAACUGCUCAUGGCUUGCGAGCUUCUAACUUGUGGUUCUGUUACAGCUGAAAACCACCACAACAGCUGCCAUCAGCCGGGACUUCACUGAGGACCGCCUCUGGCUCAAUGGGAAGGAGAAUGAUAUUGGUCAACCACGCCUCCAGUCAUGCCUACGAGAGAGUGAGUAGAAGGCAGCACACAGAAGCAUAGACCUCUUUUGUCAAGUCUGGAUUCUUAGGGUUGUAUUUAAUUUAAGUCAUCACCACGAUAGUUUCAUUGAAAUUAAUAGUCAUGGUUAACUUGGCUCCAUGAAUUGCAGUGGGUCCACUCUGAGUAAUGGUUGGUUGAGUACAACCUGUAUAUUCCACUUGGGGAGGGGUCAACCUUGGAAUAAUUUUUUUUACCUUGACUGUUUUCUGAUGGAAGGUUGGGAGAACUGUGCUGUUGCUCUUUCUCCUGAGGGCAGAGUAAGAAGUUGUGGGUUUAGUUUGAGGGAAGGAAGGCUUAGGCACACCUGCGUAGCAAAUGCCAGGUUCAGGUCUGUUUUAAUUUCUGUGAUGCAGCUGCACGAACUGGCACCAGGCACAGAGUUUGAAUUCAUCCAAAAUAUCAUAAAAAAGUUUUUUUCCUAAAAACCGUUGCAGCUAUAAAUGUUAUUAUUCUGUCCAGUGAUCUUGGGGUUGCCAAGGCAUUCUUUAGCCACCAAAUAUAUGGGCAAACAGGGAUGUUUUCAAAUUGGCUCCUGAAAGUGAUGGGGACAAGCACACCUCACUAGGGAGGGCAUUGGCCAGCCUCUCUGCUGUUACCAUGGUUUUGGGAUCCACUGCAAACCACACACAAAAAUAUACAAUUAUUCCUGUUCAGUUUUAAACAGGGCUCAUAUCUGGAACACUGGUGAGGUACAGCCACAAAUUACAGGAGUGCAGGAAGCUGCUUUACACUGAGUCAAUUCCCUCCACGCAGAAAAUGAACAUAGUAUUAUGGAGCAUUUUCCCUCAUGCGACUCCACCUGCUGUCCGAAGUGAGCUUCCAUAAGAACACAAAAAGAGCAUGGCAGAAAAAGGUUCAUCUAAUCCAGCGUCCUAUUCUCUCUGUGUUCAACCAGAUGCCCCCAGAAAGACCAUAAGCAAGACAGGGUGCAACAGCACUCUCCCUGCUUGGUAUUUCCACCAAGUGGCAGUUAAUCCUAUUAUAAAUAAUAAUACGUUAUAUACCUCUUAAGGCCAAACUAGGAUUUUAAGUGGUUUUACGAGUAAAAAAAGCCAAUCAUACAAACGUUAAAAUGUAAACACCCAUCGAUUAAAUACACAGCAGAUCAGUCCAAUUAAAGUGUGAGCACCCAUAAUUAAAAUAUGCAAUAAAACUAUCUCAUUAAAACAGAACAGUAAUUAAAGCAAGUGAAUCUGAUCUAGACAUCAAGGGAAUGCCUGUAUGAACAGGGGCAUCUGCAGAAGCCAGUGGGAUGCCAAUGCAAAUAGGGGCCUUUUGUGUGUCUGUCACAUUUCCUUGACUGCGGGUAUCUUCUGCCUGGCUUCCAUCACCUUCUUUGCUAUCCUUCAUUUUCUCUCUCUCUCACUCCUCCAGUACGCCGUCUAGCGAGGAAGCGGCACAGCGGUAACGGUAACAGCGGUGACAGCAGCAGCCGCUCUGCCCUCAGCCUUGCCUACAAGGUCCACAUUGCCUCAGAAAACAACUUCCCCACAGCUGCUGGGCUGGCCUCUUCUGCAGCUGGGUUUGCCUGUCUGGGUGAGUGGGGAAACUGAUGGUAGCUCCUAGAGAUCUGGUCUGCUCCCUCCAGAUUCUUUUGACUCUCUUGCUUCCCCUGUUCAAAACGGCAUCUCUCGCUAGGAGCACGAUGGGUAUGUUGGCAGCCCCGCAGUUAGUGUCAGUCAGGCCUGAGAGGCCAGAGUUUAAAUCCCUUUCAUUCAUGAAGCUCACCAGGAAACCUGGAGUCAGUCUCACUCAGCCUAACCAACCUGGCAGGGCUGUUGUGAGGAAGGGGGAAAUGGGGGUGAAAACCAUGUAGAUUUCUGCAGGAGAGCUGGGUGAGAGCCAAGAGGCUGAGAAGAAAUGGUUGUGUUGAGGGUAUUAUCAAGGUCUUAAGGGAUAACAGGUGUCUCAUGGGAGGAGCCAGUGUGGUGCAGUGGUUAGAGUGUCGGACUAGGACCUUGGGAGACCAGGGUUCAAAUCCCCACUCGGCCAUGACGCUCUCCCUCUCAGCCUAACCUGCCUCACAGGGUUGUUGUGAGGGUUAAAAUGGAGAGAGGGAGAACAGUGUAUGCCUCCUUGGAGAAAAAGCUUAGAUGUCAUAGACAUCAUGACUGAGGCAUUCCUUAGUAGAAUCAUAGAGUUGGAAGGGACCUGAGGAUCAUCUAGUCCAGCCCCCUGCAAUGCAGGAAUAUGCAGCUGUCCCAUACAGGGAUCAAACCUGCAACCUUGGCAUUUUCAGCACCAUGCUCUAAUCAACCGAUUUAUAUCCAAGGAUAUAAGUGCAAUAAAUAAACAACUCCACUCUCCUUCCUCUCUUUUUCUCUCUGAUGCUGCAGUCUACGCGUUGGCCAAGCUCUACGGUGUGGAGGGUGAGCUCUCUGAAGUGGCUCGACAAGGCUCCGGAAGUGCCUGCCGAAGUAUGUUCGGGGGCUUCGUGCAGUGGGUCAUGGGGCAAAGCGCCGAUGGCAAGGACAGCAUUGCCCAGCAGGUGGCGCCGGAGACGCACUGGCCAGAGCUGAGGGUGUUGAUCCUGGUGGUGAGUGAGGGCAUUGGCAGGUGCCAGGAAAACACUGCAGGCCCUGGUUUUUCAGGUAAUGAGUGGGCUGAAGGACCGUUUUUGCCAGAGCCUGAAUGGCUGCUGUUCUCUGUGCCCCUUCCUGGCAGGUGAGUGCGGAGAAGAAGCAUGUGGCCAGCACGGCAGGCAUGCAGACCAGCGUGAAGACCAGCCUCCUGCUGAAGGUAAGAGAAAGUGCUGCCUCCUGCUGGCUGCAGAAAUGCACAAAGAGCCCUGCUGGAUCAGGCCCACCUAGUCCAGCAUCCUGUUCUCACAGUGGCCAACCUGAUUCCUUUGGGGAAACACUCAAUCUUGAUUUGAGCACCAGAGCCCUCUCCCUUCCUGCAGUUUCCAGCAACUUUCCAGAAGCAUUGCUGCCUCCAGCUGUGGAGUAGCCAUGGUAAAUAAACAGCUAAACAGCAAAAGCCAUCUCUUCCCUCUCCUCUUCUAGCACCGUGCUGAGGCUCUGGUUCCAGAGCGCAUGUCCCAAAUGACCCAGCAUAUCCAGCAGCGGGACUUCGAGGCCUUUGGGGAGCUGACCAUGAAGGACAGCAACCAGUUCCACGCGACCUGCCUGGACACUUUCCCACCCAUCUUCUAUCUCAAUGACAUCUCCAAGCAAGUGGUGGCCCUGGUGCACCGCUACAACGCCCAUUGCGGCAAGAACAAGGUGCGGCCGGUGGGGAAGAAAUACGCAGUGCUCACGGGAGGGAGGGCAGGGGCGCCCUAGGGCUUUGGAAAGGGACGCACCUGGGUCAAAUUGACAAGGACCAUCUACGUUUGGAAACAUUGCAAUGAGAGGAUCAAAGGUCCUGCAGCUUUUCUACAGCAGCUUCCUUCUUUUAGAGCCCAACAGGCUCCUGUGAAGCGAAGGGAGAAUAUAGCAGACCUUGUUCUAAAAGCUUAGAGAACAAGGUCUGCUAUAUUCUCCCUUCGCUUCACAGGACUUCCCUUAAAUGAUAAGCCAGUCUUUUCCUGGAUCAGGAAUGCAGGAACAUGCCUACCCUGCUCCUUCCCAUCACACACAGAGGGAUAGUUGCCUUUUAAAGUAAAACAGGUGCUUUGCUGACAUCUAGGCUUGAUUUACAGGUGGCUUAUACAUUUGACGCUGGCCCAAACGCAGUUCUCUUCAUGCUGGAUGACACGGUGGAUGAGUUUGUGGAAGUGGUGAAGCGCAGCUUUCCUCCGGAGAAUAAUGGAGGCCAGUACGUGAACCCAAUCACUUCGUUGCCACUUACUGUGUGACCCCUGUAAUCGGAGGCAGGGGUGCCAUGACGGCCAACACCCAAAGAAGGCAGCAAACCUCCAGUGCCUGCUCACAAAAAUGCUAUUGUCUGUUUACAAAUGUAUUCUGGUUCUGAAAAUCUUCUAUUAUUAUUAUUAUUAUUAUUAUUAUUAUUAUUAUUAUUAAUUUAUUUAUUAACAUUUGUAUACCACCCUAUACCUGCAGAUCUCAGGGUGGUGCACUGCAUAAAACCACAGUAUAAAAUAGGAACAACCCAGUAACACCCCUCCUAAUGUUAAAUAGUGAAGCAUUUAGUUGUCUUUUUUUUGGAAGAGCCUACCUUAUGUGGCAGGUAAGUGACAACCCUUGUUAUUGGAGAGCUCUCCUGUUUUAGGUGUCAUAGCAGUAAAAUAUUGAAAUGUGUGCUUUUAGUUUAUUUAGCAUAAGGGGGUGAACCUGUGGUCUGCUGGCCAGAAGUGGCCCACCAUCCCCUGGGAACAUCAGUGGCAGCUUUUCUUCCUCUUGUGUCCAACCCAUGGGCUGAACAGAAAGCCAUUAAUAAACAGAACACAAAUUUUUUUUAGCAGACUUUUGAUGCCCACUGCCUUGGUGCUUUCUGUGCAUGUCUGAAAUCUGUGCUGCCCUCCCCCACCCCAUGCCUCCCAAAUCCUCUUUUUCUUCUUCUUGCUGGGGUCAGGACAGCCUCAAGCCCUAACUCUGCUGUCUCCACUUCACCCCUCUGCCCAGGUUCCUGAAAGGUUUGCCCGUGGGGUCAGCAACACCCUCUGAGGAGCUGCUGUCAGCUGUGGUGAGGGACCCCACACCAGGAGCGAUCCAGUAUAUGCUGCUCACCAAGGUAUGGCUGGAUAAAGGUGGCCUCCUUUCAACACCCCAGACACCAGGGACAUGGCCUGACUUGGCUCAUAAUUCAGCAAUGCAAGCUGUUCCUAAUCUGUCCCUGGAAGUCUUGUGUCUUUGCUACCGCUAUAACUCCUGUCUCAGAGCUCCCUUUGCCCAGUGUGUAGCCACAAGUGCCAUCUUUUAAAGCUGGUGCCAUCUUUUAAAGGUCGGGCACCUCUCUACAAGGUUAAUUUAUGGGGCGGGGAAAAAAGUUCCAGAAAUAAUAAAGUGCUUCUGGUCUUACUGACACAGCCACCCCACUGGAAGUCUAUCCUUAUUUUUAACUAUGUGAGUGCUGCUGUUUGCUGUGUUCUCAAACCAGAAGUCCUCCACUCCCUAUUAAAAACAACAGUUUCCUUGUCGUUGUUUCUCUUCCUUAAACACAUGUGGACUGCAGUGGGUUGGGCUGGUAGCUACUCCCUUUUCCCCCAGGGUAGGGCAGAGAAGGAAAAGGAAGUCUUAACAAAUAUUGCCCAGCGGUGAAUGUCUUGUUUUGGGGCAAGGUGCUUCAGGCAGGCUUGGAGGAAAUAGAUUUACCUGGACCCACAUUCACACUACAUUUAAAGCACUAUGAUUCCACUUUGAACAAUGUGUGGUUCUUGCCUCCUAAUUUCCUUCCCCUCCUUCAUCCCUUAUGUUUUUGUUUUCCUUCCAGCCGGGGCCAGGACCAGCACUGGUGGAAGAUGCAAGCUGUCAUCUCCUGGGGGCAGACGGGUUGCCCCAAAGCAGCAGCUGAGCUGGGUCCUGUUUCUGGGGCUGCUCCACUCCCCACUCAGGGCCAAGUGACUGGGCAGGAGGACUGUGGAAACAUUUGGGCAGGAAGCACUGCCUGAAGACCAGUGGCAUUUGUUAGUUGGGGAAUGGGAAGAGGCUGUGUCUUUACGGGAAAUAUGAAAUUGAGGAAUAUCUGGCGGUUAUUUGCGUAGGAAGCUUUCUUGCCAUUCUUUCAGCGGUGGUGGUGGUGUUGUCUAUUGUAUUAUUUCAGGGACUCCUGCAAGCCAAAAUCCUCACAGGAAGGGCAGCACAAGCUUCCUCUUUUCUCCCUGCCCCACAAGCCUUUUUCUGACCUCUUGGGGCUGGAGCUUCUUCCCCUGUAGCUCAGGACUAGGCAGAAGGUAGAUUGCGGUAGCUCAUUGGCCCGUUUCUAUUGCACUUCCUAAUGCCUGUGGGUAUCUGGGAUUCUUGCAGAGAAUGUUAGACUCUUGCAGGCCCCAGCCCCUGAUCCAGCAAGACACCUGCUUUUAUUAAGGGUGUGUGUACACAUCACGAUCAAUGAACAAAGAUGAGUGAUGCCUUAACCGCUAAGAGUUUCUGAGGAACUGGAAAUGUUAAAGCACAGCUGUGGGCUGUAGAAAUUCUAGUAAACGUUAGACCUUCAUUUGCUAGUCUGUUCUAUUACAGCCAGGGUUAACUUAUGCCAGGGAUUGCCAAUGGGGUGCCAGGGGCUAGAUUCUUUCCCUUGCACCCACAAAACAAGGCCUCUAAGCCCCCAUUCACUACCUGCUUGCUUAUGAGUCUGUGGUGGGUGGUUACCUUUUUCUCUCUUGAAAAAAGUACAUAAAACUGAAGGAGGAAGUCGGAAGAGUGACAAUCUUUCUCACUUCCUCUUUCAGCUCCAUUGCUUUUCUAGGCUCCAAUUAUAAUUCUACUGACUCUUAACCUGGGUCACUUGAAAAAGUAGCGUGUGCCCACAAGCACUCUUUCCCUCACAGGGCGAGGUGGGAAGUGCCUAGGGGGGAUGGCACCCACCCAAGCUGCUAAAAAAAGUGGGGGCUUGCUUUUUUAGAAAAUACAAUUGUGGGGAGAGGUGUUAAUGGUUGCCUUGUAUUCAGGUAAGCCAAAGUAUAUCCCCCUCAGCAUCUUUUGCCUCUCUUUGUUUUCUUUCCAAUCCUGUUGGCUGGUUUCAUACCGCUGUCUUUUAUACAAGAUCCCAUUUGGGUUUUCCCGACUAAGGUUUUACUUUCAUUGCUACAGAAUGUCAUUUUUAACUUGUGGUUUUAAAGAUAAAUGAAAGUGAUCUUCUGAA